UUUUUUUGUUGUUGUUGUAAAUCAAGCAGUGGUAAUACAGUUACUUGAAAAGAAAUUGGUCCAACCCUCGUGGUCAGUGUGAGAUUUAAGCAAGCAAGCUGUCCUCUGCUGAGAAGAACCAUGCCCGCAUGGGGAUCUUUCUCAUGUAUCUAAAACUGUCCACGUUUCAUCCCGCUGCACUAAGUCCCUUCUCCUUUCCCCCAGUCGCUCCAGUAACUCCGCUAAAAGGCUUAGAUUAAACAGGAUUAGCGCGUUCAAAGAUCUUCUCUCCCGCAGCCAUCUGCCCACCUACCUUGAGCCAGCAAGUGUCUUAUGAGCACCAUGCCAUCGCGUCGCCGCUGUCUUUGCAGGAAAACAAUAACAAGUGGUUGCUUGCUCCAACGGUUUGUGACCUUCUUCUGCACUGGGAGACUUCUGGACUAUGCCAACUUGUAGGACGUCCUUGCAACACCCAAGGGGAAGUGCUGGUUUCAGGAUCUAAACACGGAUUUAAAAAUGUCCAUCUUGUGGAGAUAUCUUUUAUUUAGUUUAGUGCUCAUGUUUUUGGACCUGAGGACUGGUAGGUAUCACUUCAUUGUUGGAUUUCGUCCAAUGGUCCAGCCUGAAGCAUCUUUUGUGUCUCCGCUAGACGCUGUACUGGAAGGAUCCUCCAUGGGUCCACUCGAGGUGCCACUUGGCAGCGAAGCGUUGUCGUUCCGGCGUGUCGUCCGUGUGUCCGACGUCAUGGUGUCCCGAGGAAGUCGCGUGGCUCUGUCCAGGCGCAAACGCAACAUCCUCUUCCCGAGCGGCGUCAAGCUGUGCGCGCAGGAGAGCGCCAAGCAGGUGGUCGCAAACCACCUCAGUUUCUUCCAUCUCAGAGUGUGCCAGGAGACGGUGUGGGAGGCUUUCAAAAUCUUCUGGGAUCGCCUCCCCGAGCAGGAGGAGUACCAGAGCUGGAUGAACCAGUGCCAGGAAGGGUUGGCGACGGCACGAGACAUUGGUACCUACUUUAGCCAAUCGGAGGAGCAUCAAGGGGUGAUCAAAAAGAAAAUGUCAGCGCCUGGCUUGAAAAGUGAACCCACUCGAUCCGGACACCAUACAUGCAGCACGCCAGCUCCCGAAGUGACGAUCACCACUAAGGCUUCUGCCAAAGAAGAAGAUAUCGACGAGAGCGAAAAAGUGGAGGAAGCAGCUGUCAUUGUGCCAGAAAUGGAGCUGGACAACGACAUCCCUGUGGAGCCAGUACCAGCAGCCGUGUUGGAGCAGGUGGUGGAGCUGAGCAUCCUCCUCACGGGAGUCAUGUACGAUGAUGACUUGGGCGACCCUCACUCGCUACACUAUCAGACGCUCAGCAGACAGCUUGCUCAGAAGAUUGAGGACGCCCUGUCGGCACUUCCUGGUUUCAAGAGCGUGUCUGUGAUGGACUUCAGGCCUCACAAGGAUCUGCAAGGGCUGGACGGCCUCGUGGUGGACUACGCCGUCACCCUGGUGGUGGACGACACCGGCAUCAGCGGUGACCAACUGGACUACCUCACCCUGCAAUCCAACCAGGUGGAGAACUCAUACCGCGAGGUCAAGGAGCACCCGACACUGGUCUACGCCAUCAGCGAGCUCAAGACCUUCGUGACUGAGGACCUCCUGAAGGGCGCCCUGGAGAGCGUGCCCGAGACUCCCGAGACCUUCCACGCUGCAGGAGAAACCUUGAAUGAACCAGCAGAGGCUCUAAUCCCGGACGACGUCAUGGAUGACGUCAAGGGAGACCAAUUGCUGCCUGAAAGCGUUGGCGGGGACACGGUGGAGUCUUCUGAAAGCGACAUCGUUGUCCUGGAGGAGAGUGUCGAGAUAUCCUCCCCUGCUGUGGUUGCGACAGCCGCGCCUGAAACUGGCAGCAUCAGAGAAGAGGAUCUGCUUCUGGAGAACACCGUGCAGACCGCCGCUGCAGACAAACCCGCAGAGGAAGACCAGCAGGUGCCUCCCCCCUCCGAGGAUCAAGAUGGCGUCACGCUGCCCGAACCACCGGUGGUGGCGGAGGCCUCAGGCACAGGGGACCUGGACAACCUGCUGUGGCCAGAUACAACUCCGGCAGCACAAGACACCGAAGACGUGGUGGUCCUGGAAGAGGAGCUUCUGGACAAUGGUGUCGACACCGAAGACCUCCCCGUGAGUGAAACCGCAGAUGAUGACUUUGUUCCUGAGGUACUGAGCGAGGCAGCUGAGGAAGGAGGCUCGAAACAUCCUGAGGAACCUUUAGUUGAAGAAGCUGGCGUGGAAGAAGCAGCAGAGAGUGAUGGACAAACUCCUGAGGAAGCACCCGCCUCAGCUCCGGUGCCUCUUGAAGAACCUCCAGAAUCUUCCGAAAUCGCGAGCGACGACAUCGCGGACGACGACAUCUUGCUGGUCAACAAAGACGCACCAUCGGUUAGCAUUCCUUUAAGCCCCGCCCCACCGACUGCAAUGUCGGCCGAGAAGGAGUCGCCCUUCACCCGUGUAGCCGUCGAGGCCCAACCUGACACUGUCAUGCCGUCAAUCGUGGAGAUCCAAAACAGUGAUGAAAAUGAUUCUCCCAUCGAAGACCUCGCUUAUGACGUCUUCCCUUACGGCUUGAUCAACCACACGGAAGAAGGCAGCACUGGAUUCCCGUUCAGCGUAUCUCACGUCACCGACCCGGCCAGCAUCGCCAUGCCGGCCAACCCUGGUCGAGCGCUCAUGGUGUUCUUCAGCCUGAGGGUGACCAACAUGAUUUUCUCUGAGGAUCUCUUCAACAAGAGUUCCCCAGAAUACAAAGCACUGGAGCAACGCUUCCUAGAAUUGCUUGUGCCCUACCUCCAGUCCAAUCUGAGUAACUUUGAGAACUUGGAGAUCCUCAACUUCCGAAACGGGAGCAUUGUGGUCAACAGCCGGAUGAAGUUUGGCAAGCCGGUGGCUCAGGGCGUCACCACCACCGUCUAUCUGAUCCUGGAGGACUUCUGCAACACAGCCUACCAGACCAUGAACCUAGCCAUCGAUAAGUACUCCCUGGACGUUGAGUCAGGCGACCAGGCGGAUCCGUGCAAGUUCCAGGCAUGUAACGAGUACGCCAAGUGCAAAGUGAACAAGUGGUCGGGCGAGGCCGAGUGCGUGUGCAACGCUGGCUACUUCAGCGUGGACGGUCUGCCUUGUCAGAGCAUCUGUGAACUACGCAGCGACUUUUGCCUCAACGAUGGCAAGUGUGACAUCAUCCCUGGUCAGGGAGCCAUCUGCAGGUGCCGUGUUGGUGAAAACUGGUGGUACCGAGGAGAGCACUGCGAGGAAUACGUAUCGGAGCCUCUAGUGGUUGGCAUCGCGGUGGCGUCAGUGGCCGGAUUCCUUUUGGUGGCGUCUGGAGUGAUCUUCUUCCUCGCCAGGACCUUACGGGAUCAGUAUGAUAAGGAUGAGUCAGAGGACCCAAUACGGCGCGCAGAGAGCAUUCCGUCGUUAGAGAGGGCGACCAAGUACAACCCCAUGUACGAGAGCGAGGCCACCACCGGCUACAGCCACUACUACCGCCGCUACCCCGAGGCUCCCGUCUACAGCAGCGCCAGCGCCGAGGCCUCCACCGACUUCAGUAGCGAGGAGAUCCGACACAUCUACGAGAACAGCGAACUGACCAAGGAGGAAAUUCAAGACAGGAUACGCAUUAUCGAGCUCUACGCCAAGGACCGUCAGUUUGCAGACUUCGUGCGGCAGCAUCAAGCUGUUCUGGAUACCCGAAGAGAAAGUUCUUCAGCACAGACAUGAAACAAAAAGAACAACACGUCUGUCUUCUGGAAGGCCUGGUCUGAGCACUCACAUACGGUCUGUCAUCCAGGACACCUUCACCUCUUUCCAUGUUUGCAUCUGUCUCUCCGCGAGAGGCGGGAUAGCGGUCGCAGACCGUCUUUUCUUCCGCGUCCUUCCUUGGUGCCUUCUGCUGGACAUGUCCCUCCGUGGAAUAUGUACUUCAACCAUAUUGUCAAACGGAUGAAAAUGAAGAACUUCAAGCAUUGCUCACGUACCCGCAGUAACGUAGCUUAGCUAAUAGCGACAGCUAUCUCCUUUUUGCGUGCGUGUGACGCUCACAAAUGAGCCGAGAGAUGCCGAGUUAGCUGCGAUUUAGUGGAUGGUGCUCAUGCUCGUCUGUGUUUUCUUGAUGUUUUUGACGUAGUCCUCUAGCAUGAAAGUGACACGUUGGGAUAAAUUCUUGUCUAAUGGAGUACUUAGCGUCAAGGCGGCCAAAUAUUCGAUGUCGUGGAAGGAGUUUUCCCCGACGUUUCAAGGCUCCCACCGAAUCGGAUGCUUGGACAUGUUUGGACGUGGCGAGGCGGACGCUGAAGGCAGAAGGCAGCGAGCCCCGUUGAGAGGCGGCAUCCAGAAAUAAGUGAAAACACAUUUUGCCGAGGGAGAUAUGUUUGGAACAAAUGCUGGACUUUCAUACGUCCCUGCUCAAGAACGGUGGAAGAAGCGACAAAAACACUUGAAGGUUAGCAGCAAUUCCUUUUGAAUGUGACUACCAGUUUGGCCCCGUCAUGGUGUUUUCUUUGGUUUUUGUCUCGCAUUCCACCCUUGGACGCGUUGCACUCCAUCAGCGUUCUCCCCGCACUGCAGUAAAUCGUAGCUGUCCCACUUCGUUAUGAUGUUUAGCUCGCACACAUGCACACACGCAUACGCAGAGUUGAUGAACACCAUGCCUUUUGCAAUCAAUCGCUUACUACAGUGGAACCUCUUAAAUCCAACCAGGUUGAGCAAUUAGGACCUUGACCCAGUUUGAACGUCGGUACGUCAACUGGCGACAGCGGGUAUCACAAAAAGCACACAAAGGAUUAGAUUUUUCU